UGGUCAGGCCAGCAGCACAGAGACCCAGCAGCCAGCCCAGGCCCAGACCGGGGCAGGGGGGAGGCAGAACCACCUCAUGGAUUCUAAGUCCUGACUGAUCAGCCCUUAUGACAAACAUGAGCUGGAGCUUUCUGACGAGGCUGUUGGAGGAGAUUCACAACCACUCGACCUUCGUGGGCAAAGUUUGGCUGACGGUGCUGAUUGUCUUCCGAAUCGUGCUGACCGCGGUGGGCGGCGAGUCCAUCUACUCGGACGAGCAGAGCAAAUUCACCUGCAACACGCGCCAGCCCGGCUGUGACAACGUCUGCUACGACGCCUUCGCCCCCCUCUCCCAUGUGCGCUUCUGGGUCUUCCAGAUCGUUGUCAUCUCCACGCCCUCCGUCAUGUACCUCGGCUAUGCCAUCCAUCGGCUGGCCCGAGCAUCCGAAGAGGAGAGGCGCCGGGCCAGGCGCGGGCGUCAGGGUGGCCGCCUGGCCCGCAGGCGUCCGCCAAGGAGGAGGCCACCGCCGCUGCCCCACCCUGGCUGGGCAGACACCCCGAAUGGCGGAGAGGAGGAGCCCAUGAUGGGCCUGGGGGGUGGCGUGGGAGAAGAAGAGGAGGGCGCGGAUGGAAGCAGGGAGGACCGGCAGCAGGAAGAAGAAGAGAAGGAAGCACUGGCAGGAGAGAAGGGCAAGGGGUCUCCGGAGGCCGGGCCUGCCAACCAGAAGCACGAUGGGAGGCGAAGGAUCCAGCAGGAGGGUCUGAUGAAGAUCUACGUGUUGCAGCUAUUGGCUCGGGCCUCCUUUGAGAUCUGCUUCCUGGUUGGGCAGUACCUGUUAUACGGCUUUGAGGUGCAACCAUUCUUCCGCUGUAGCCGGGAGCCCUGCCCUCACACGGUUGACUGCUUCGUGUCUCGGCCCACAGAGAAGACCGUCUUCCUCCUGGUGAUGUAUGUGGUCAGCUGCCUCUGCCUUAUCCUUAAUCUCUGUGAGAUGGCCCACCUGGGUCUAGGUAGCUUGCAGGAUGCAGUGAGGAGCCGCAGGGUCGGGGGCCGGGACCAGGGUUCGGACGGCUAUCCUUCACCCCCGCCCCUGCCCCGGCAGCUACCCCAUGGCUACCCGUAUACUCGCAACAUGUCCUGCCCACCUGAGUACAACCUGGUGGUCCGGGCUGAGAGGGCGGCAGCAGCGGGGCGGCUCAUGCCCGGUGGACUCCUAGCCCAUGAGCAGAACCUGGCCAACGGGGCCCUGCAGGAGCUCCAGCAGCUUCAGGGCCCCGGCUCAGAGGAAAACCUACCACCAGGAGAUCUUGAUGCCUUCCGAGGAACCCAUCGAGCUGAGACCCAGGACCCUGCCAAUGGGGUUAGGAGCAACGGAUUUCCUGCUUACACAUCCCAGGUAGGGCUACCACAUUCAAGGACUGACAGCCCGGCCUCAGCGGGCACAAUUGUGGAGCAGAACCAUGCCGAUGGUGCCCAAGGGCGGCAAGGGGCCAAAACCAAAUCCAACUCAGAGAAAGGCAGCAGUGUUGGCAGCAAGGAUGGCAAGGCAUCCGUGUGGAUAUGAAGACUUUUGGAUGGGGGAAGGGGAGAGCCAAGAGCCAACCUCCAUACAACCCCCAACCUCUAUCCUUCCCCUAGAGUCUCCUUAAACUUAGCCCCAAGAUGGGACUUGGUUUUAUAACCCAGAAGAACAUCAGUGCACAGACUUAGGAGAAAGGAGGAAACAUGCUGUGGAAAGAGAAUUGAUCUUGGAGUCAAGAGAUUUAGGUUUGAAUACUGGUUAUCCUACUUACCAGCUGUGUGACCUUGGGCAAAUCAUUUCCCUUAUCUGAGCCUCAGUUUCCAUCUCUGUAAAAUGAGGGAGUUGGACUAGCCAUAACCUUCUGUGACUGUGAUUUAAACCACGUGGUUGGCAAUUCAACUUGCCUUCCCUUCUUUGGGCUUUGGGGGUGGGGAAGUUGGGGAAUACCAAAAAUCGAGGAUCUGAGGUGAGGCAAUGGAGUUCAAAUUUAAGGCUCAUGACCCAUUAUCAUCAUUAUUUUCUUGUAGAAGAUGUACCUUUUCUAAAGAUAGCAACAGAAGCCCUUUAACAGAUAUUAUGAUCUAGUGAAAAAGACACUUGACCUCCUCUAUCCAAUGGAAAACAGGGCUGGCCUCUGAGCUCUCUUCUGGGUCUAACCUUCUCUGAUUCUACGUGUCGCUUGUGCUCUGGGGGAAAUCAUGGGGGUUAGAAUCCACUGGGUUGGCUGGAUCCCUAAGACUAUUAAUGAGGGAGCCUGAGUUUGGAAAUGGGAAAGAUGCCUCUGAGACACCCUGGUGUAAUGAAAAGCACAAUAACUUUGGAGGCAGGAGAUUGGGGUUUAGAUUCCAACUCUGCUACUGGAAGCUGUCUAAAGUCCCGUCUGGCUCAACUCAUGGGAUCCUCUGUUUUGUGGGUGAAGGGGAAAGAGUCAUUUAGUGCCCUGGGAUUCAGUGAUCACACGGUCCUUGUGCCAAGAGCUGGGGUGGAAGAUCAUCCCCAAAGCCAGCAGUAUACUGCAGGGUAUUAUCUCUCUGGCCUUGGUUCUGUCUCUCCCUGGCUGUUAGUUGCCAUGUGAUCAGGGAAGGCAGACGUUUCAAUCUUUACCUGAGCCAGGCAACUAAAAAGAUAAAGAAUCCCUCCCUUUGCCCUUUCCCCCUGAAAAGAGCCACAGAAUGUAUCCCAAAGUCAAAUACACAUGAUUGAUUUAUGUGGUGGGGAUUGUGGACUCUGGGUGCCAUCCUUCCAUUGGGCAGCUAAUUGAUAAUUGAUCUUACCUGUUCACCAUAUCACCAUGUGUUUGUACAGUCUUAACAGCCUCUCCCUGGUCCCAUUAAUUGUGCAAAGGUAAUUCUUGCCCUGACUAGCAUGUGUUAGAGGUUUGUCUAAGCAUGGGAAGCCCUGAGGAAGGAAUUACAAAGGGCCCCUACCUGGGAAGAGGUAAGUUCUUUCCUUAUCCUCAUCCUGGUUCCUUCUCAAAGCACCAAGACACCUCAAGUGCCAUCACUCUUUGGGGAGAACAAAAUUCACUGGGGUUCACCAACUCCCAACCCUACUGUGGUCCAAGGGAUAAUAGUUGUUGAGUAUAAUGAGGACCUACCUGGUAUCAUCCUCAUUCUCUCUCCUGCUUCCUCUGGGAUCCCAGCAGGUAUCAGGGUCCAAGCUGGGGGAGAGAGGGAGGAGACAGUUAUGCCAAAGAGAAGGAAAUUAAAAUGGUGAUGAGAGCAUGGCUUCUAGAGACCCUCAGGAGCUAAGAAGUUUCAGUAGUAACUCCAACAGAUUUCUUUUUGUAUUCAGAGCCCAUGUGGCUGUGACAUAAAGCCAAAGCAAUACUCAGAAUAGCCUCUCCCCAAGGCUGUCCCUACCAAUAGAUAGAGGAGAGGGGUUUGCCUGCACAGUAUAAUUUGAAGGACACUUCCUCUGACUACCUGUCACGGUGUCUGAAAGUCCACCAUUAUCAUUUUAGUCCUUUGAGGUUUAAAAGCUCCCUAGUCUUCCAGAAGCCACUGCUGAAAUCUAAAUACCUCUGGAAAGCAAGACACUUUAUACAUAUAAGUUGCAUAUUCGUUACCAGCUAAUGCCUUAGUGGGGAUUAGUUGACAACUAGUUAAGAACAAGUGCUUAUGUUACUAUGGGUGUAAGAGAUGGAACGGAGUUUCCAAAGGAUGGAGGAAGGUGAUGAAACAGAAAGUGGAAGGAGGUAGGGGUGGCAGGGGUGGAGGGGACUGGCCUGGGCUCCCCUGAACCUGGGCUCAAGUUGUUGCCAGCUGUUCCACUGACUGGUUGUGUGAUCAUAGGCCAAUCAUUUCCAUCUUUGGACUCAGUUUUUUCAUCUAUAAAAUGGAAGAGUUCAACUGAAUGAUUAUUAGGGUUUCUUCCAGCGCUGACAUUCCACAUUCACUAUUCAAGGUCUUUUUUCAGCUUGAAUAUUCUAUGAGUCUUGGAAGUAGGAAGCAAAUAUUCCCUCCCCAGUGGGAGGGGAGAAUGGACAGUCUUGGGAGAGAAAGAUUGAGAAUAGGAGUAAGAAGAGGAUUUGGAGGAGUACUGGCAUCAUGUCAGGGGGUCCCUGGUGCAGAGAUGCUCAGAGGGUGAUUCUAGGGAUGCCAGAGUUCUUCCUCCUCCCAUGGGGAAAGGGCUGAGAUUACCUCCAAAUCCCAUGUUUCCUCAUGCCUAGCCAAUCAUACUGUUGAAAGGAAGAAGGAAGGUUCCAGUAAAAAGGAACACACUCAAUAAGCAGGAUCCUGGCUUACAGGAGACAUGUUUGAUAGGCGGUAGGGGACAACUCUUAAUUAUUAUCAAAAUCAACCCAGAAUUCUGCCUCCCUAGAGCUAUCCUAGGGUACCACUCUCUGAGCAUGGCAUCUCCUCUCUCCUCGUAUACCCAGAAAAGUGACCUUCUAGUCCUAGGUCCUUCUAGUGACCAGGGCCAAGUUCACAUCUCAGAGAGACACAAAGUCAGGCCUGUGGGCAUUGAGUAAGACUAAGGAGGUGGGCUCUAGGGACACACUCCUUGUGUGGAGGCCUAACCCUUCCCAUCACUCCUAGGCACGAGGUGGCCUAGAAUACCCCAAGCUGACCCAUCUACUCUUUGCCCAUUGCUUCAGAACUUCUGCUUCAAGGGCAAAUUAUCUGGUGGGAGGAGGUGGCAGAGAGGCCAAGAUGGAAGAAGGGGGGAAGCUACUUUGGAUUCACUGGGAAUAGCCUGGUCUGACCUUAUCCUAUUCCCUAUUCUAGCCCCUGCUGACUUGUUCUGAUAUUAGCCUGAGACGAGACAAGCCACUGGAGAAAGGGAAGUCUGUUGCCAAUCCACUUGUUUGUAUUAUCUGUAUGGCAGGAUGGGGAAGCAUAGGACCAAAAGCAGGACCAUAUCAGACUCCACUCUACUUCUUUCUUACCCUAGGGGUACUUCAAGCAUCCCCAUGCUGGACACCAUCCAGACUGGACAAGGACACUAGACCCUGUCCUCUCUCUUGCUUCUUCAUUAGCAUGGCAAACUGGAAAGAAUGUAAGAGCAAAUAACACAAUGUCAGAGCUGGAGGGGACCUUAGGGAUCAACCAUUUUAUUGAGGCAGACACUGAGGCCCAGAGAGGAAAGUGACUUGACCUAGCAUCUAGGUCUCCCAUCCUAGGUUUCCUGGCACUACAACCUGAUUUCUCAGCUGCCAGACCAAUAAUUUUGAGGUCCAGGUGGUUUCCCAGGUCAUCCAUACUCUCAGAUUUUUGAAAAAUUAGGUUUGGGGAGUAGAGGAAUGAGGUAGAGUUUCAGAGUAGUUAUCCCCUUGUUUAAGACCCUGGUAUGUUCAUUGUGGACACCUUUGACUUCCUUUUCCCUGAGCCCCAUUGACUUUCCAUCCCCCUGAGAAAUACUUGAAGUCUUCAUAAGCGUCAGGGCCAGCCGAAGAGCUAGCCAAUGAGUUCCGUUUCUGUUCCUGAACUAACUCACCUUUGCAUCUGGGACUGCCAAUAUGGGCUGAGAAACCUGAUUCUUAGGAUAGGAGAAUCAGGGGCAGGGAGCCAUGGGGCCCCUCCCUUUAGUCCUAUCUCUCCAUGCCAUCACCAAGCCAGCCCCACUACACCAUGGGAGAUGCAGGUUCCAAUACUAAUAGAAUGAAAUAAAUAAAUAAAAUAAAACUCGACUUUUGUUUACAACCUCCUGUGUGUGCUACCAAGUGUUUAUUUUUAUUUCAGCCAUCAG